CUGCCGCGCGGACUGAGCUCUGAGCAGGUGGGAACGCCGAGAGGAUGGGGGGGAGGGGGGGGGAGGAGGGGGGAGGGUCCUAUAGGGAGCGCCCGCCGACGUGACAGACCCCCCACAUCCAUCCAUCCAAUUAUCAAUCCAUCCAUCCAUCAUCCAUCCAUCCAAUCAUUCAUCAAUCAUCCAUACAUCUAUCCGUCCAAUCAUUCAUCCAUCCAUCCAUCAUCCAUCCACCUAAACCAUCAAAUCAUCCUCCAUCCAAUCAUCCAUCCAUCCAAUCAUUCACCCAAUCAUUCAUCCAUCCAUUCAUCCAUCCAUCCAUCCAUCAUCCGUCAAUCCAAUCAUCCAUCCAUCCAUCCAUCUAAACCAUCCUUUCAUCCACCAUCAUCCAUCCUUCCAUCCACCACCAUCCAUCCAUCCAUCUAUCCAUCAUUCAUCCUUCUAAACCGUCAAUGCAAUCAUCCAACAUCCAUCCAUCUAUCCAUACAUCCAUGUAAACCAUCCUUCCAUCCACCAUCAUCCAUCCAUCCAUCCAUCAUCCAUCCAUAA